GUACAAAACAGCCGCGGGGGCCCCGUCCGCUCCGCUGCAGCCAUGAGGGCAGCGCUGGCCCCCGGCAUCCGCCUGCUGCGAGCCCUGCCCCGGGACAGCCGGUACCGUGGCCUGACGCUGGUGCUGACCUUCCUCUGCUACACCAGCUACCACCUCUCCCGAAAGCCCAUCAGCAUCGUCAAGAGCCAGCUGCACCCCAAUUGCUCUGCUUUGGACCCAAACCCCCACAAUGACUCCAACAGCAGCACAUGGUGCAGUUGGGCACCCUUUGAUGGGGACAACUACAAGGAGCUUUAUGGGGCACUGGAUAAUGCCUUCCUGGUGGCCUAUGCCAUUGGGAUGUUUAUCAGUGGGAUUUUCGGGGAGCGCCUCCCCCUGCGCUAUUACCUGUCGGGGGGGAUGGUGCUGAGUGGGCUCUUCACUGCACUCUUCGGCCUCGGCUACUUCUGGGACAUCCACGUCCUCUGGUACUUCAUUGUCAUGCAGGUCUGCAAUGGGCUGGUGCAGACGACAGGCUGGCCUUCUGUCGUGGCAUGUGUUGGGAAUUGGUUUGGGAAGGGAAAGAGAGGUUUGAUCAUGGGCAUCUGGAACUCGCACACCUCUGUCGGGAAUAUCCUGGGGUCACUCAUCGCUGGUGUCUGGGUUUCCUCUGCCUGGGGCUUAUCCUUCAUCGUGCCCGGCAUCAUCAUCGCUGCUGUGGGCAUCAUCUGCUUCUUCUUCCUUGUGGAGUAUCCUGAGGAUGUUGGCUGCAGUCCACCUCUGCAUCAUAUGGCCUCUGAUGAGGAGGAUGCUGGAGGAGUGACCACCAAUGGGAAGGAUCCUGAAGCAGUCACCUCCAACGAGGGACCACUGAGCACGUCAGGCCAGAGCAGCACAGAUCACCUCCACAGCCCCAAGGAGGCAGCUGAGGAGCCUGAAGCCAUCAGCUUCCUCGGGGCACUCCGGAUACCUGGGGUUGUGGAGUUCUCCCUUUGCCUGCUCUUUGCCAAGCUGGUGAGCUACACCUUCCUCUACUGGCUGCCCCUCUAUAUUGUGAAUGUCGCUCAUUUCAGUGCCAAGGAAGCUGGGGACCUGUCAACCCUCUUUGAUGUCGGAGGCAUUUUAGGGGGCAUCUUUGCUGGCCUCAUCUCCGACUACACGGGGGGCAGAGCCACCACGUGCUGCGUGAUGCUGAUCCUUGCUGCUCCCAUGCUGUUCCUGUAUAACCACGUUGGCCAGAAUGGCAUUGGCACAUCCAUAGCGAUGCUGAUUGUCUGCGGUGCUCUGGUUAACGGGCCCUAUGCGCUCAUCACCACGGCCGUGUCAGCAGACUUGGGAACCCACGAGUCUCUCAAAGGCAACUCCAAAGCCCUUUCUACUGUCACAGCCAUCAUUGAUGGCACAGGAUCCAUAGGUGCUGCACUAGGGCCGCUGCUCGCAGGGCUCAUCUCCCCCACAGGCUGGAAUAACGUGUUCUACAUGCUGAUAGCAGCGGAUGUCUUGGCUUGCCUGCUCCUCACUCGUGUGGUGGUCAAAGAGGUCCGCGGGUGGUGUGGAUACAUGGCAAGGAAGAGAGGCUCUAGUGUGCAGCUGACAGAGUCAGUGCUGGAUGGGAAGUAACUCGGUGUGAGUAUUUCUGCUCAAGCCCCGAGGAUUAAAUGCAAACUCAAGCCUGAUUUGCCCUGCUCUCGAGUUCUGCUUGGCAGGCUCAGCCUCCAACAGCCGCUCUGCUGAUAAUCAAAGGGUUGAGAUCAGGAUUUGGGAGCCAAAUGGUGAUGGCCAUGGAAGAGAGGGUGGAUGGAUGGGGUGGGGGGCAGCGUGUCCUUGUCUCCGGCUGACAAGAUGUUAGCCAUGGUGCCUGAUUGAUUGGCAUUGAUUAAACACACUUGAAACAGCCAAAUCUAUAGGCUGCCUUGCCCACCCAAGCUAAUGAGCUUGAUUACACACAGCCUGGGCUUGCUAAUCAAAGCCAUGACCAAAUCACUGCAGCGAGGGUAUAAAUACCUCCAAAUCAGCACUGCCCUGCCUCUGAUUGCCACGGGAGCCCCAAGCACUUCCAGUCACCAGGCCCUGCACUCCCUAUGAACCUCUGGUCCUUAUGUCUUG